CGUUCCGGUUCGACAGGUCUUGUAUGGAAAUUAGGAUUAGGGCAUAAAAGACGGAUGGAGUCCAAAGUCCAGAGUCCAGACAGAUCCAGCAGAAUCAAUCGGGAGUUCGGGACCAUCCCUGAUUCCGAUUCCGUGUUUUUAAACCCUGCACAAUCCUACGAGUCACGCACUCAGACGAGCUCUUAUUUCUGAUCGUCUCUGAAAUUCUCAAAACGCCACGGAAAUCCGGAAUCUCACUCGCAUUUCCAACUGUUUGUUUGGGUUUUGUCCUGUUUCUGUGCAUCAUAGCUGAUUCAACCUCGAACGGAGAAGGUAGAAGAUGAAGAAGAUCUUCGGUGCCAAGAAAGAGAAAGAGCCGCCUCCCUCCAUUCAAGAUGCCACCAAUAGGAUUAAUACAAGAGGUGAAAAUGUAGAUGAGAAGAUCAAAAAGCUUGAUGCUGAGCUUACUAGGUACAGGGAACAGAUCAAGAAAACACGGCCUGGCCCUGCUCAGGAAGCUGUGAAAGGUCGGGCUAUGAGAGUUCUCAAGCAAAAGCGAAUUUUUCUGAGAUUUGUGUGUGCUCUGAGGAGAUAUCAAAGUGAACAAAGUAAACAAAGUGAUUCAAAAGGUGCAACAGAGGGAGUGGAGGCAUCCAGGUAUGAAGAACAACGUGAUAUGCUUUACAACCAGACAUUCAACCUUGAUCAGGUUGCCUUUGCUUCUGAGGGACUCAAAGACGCUCAGCAAACUAUGACGGCUCUGAAAUCUGCAAACAAGGAGUUGAAAGGAAUGAUGAAGACUGUGAAGAUUCAAGACAUAGAUAACAUGCAAGAUGAGAUGAUGGACCUGAUGGAUGUGAGCACAGAAAUUCAAGAAUCUCUUGGUAGAAGCUAUAAUGUGCCUGAUGACAUUGACGAGGAAGAACUCCUGGGUGAGCUUGAUGCCUUGGAAGCUGACAUGGGAAUGGAGACAGAAUCCGAUGGGGUGCCCUCUUACCUUCAACCUGAUAAUGAACCUGAUGUAGAGUCACAACUCAAGUUGCCUUCAGCCCCAUCAGGGUAUGCAUCUGUGCCACCGGGAAGGCAUAAUGCCCAGGCCGAAGACGAACAUGGUUUACCUACUGUACCUCAAGCGUCCAUCCGUGGUUAGGGAGCUGAGCUGAUCUGAUCGAGCAAGCCAUGUAAUGUAACUAAAGUGUGCAGAAUUAUUCUUUAACCCUGUUUAUCUAAUUGAAGGAUUUUGUUGGGUAACUUUGGUCGCCUCUUCUGUGGUGGACGACGAGAGUACCCCUCAAGUGUGUUGAGAAUAACAAAUGGCUUCCCCAAUAAAAAUAGAAUCAUAAAUUACUUCUAGUUA